CUGUGAAAUGACAUUGACAGAUACGUAAUUAUAUGUAAUUGAGGUUAUGUUAUUAUUUUGCUUUCUCCGGGUAAAACAAAUUUGAAAAUUAAAGCCCUGGUUCCUUUAAUUCCGCUAGGAGUAUUAUUUUUCCGUGCUCUAAAAAUAUUUAAAAAGGAACUAUCAAAUGAUAUUCAAAUUUCCAUUUAUAGAAACAGACACUUUUGAGUUGGAACAAAAUUGGGGCAUAUGAAAAAGAAACAGCUUACAGAAGAUCUACUUUAUUAAAAUACAUACAUAAGUAGUAAGUAGGAUGGAACAGCCGAGCGCGCGGGCGGCGGUGCGGGCGGCGGGGCGCAUGGCGGCGUGGCGGCUGCACGCGUACGGCGCGCCGCCCGAGCUGCGCCUGGACGCCGCCCGCGUGCCGCCGCUGCGCGCGCCCGCCGACGUGCGCGUGCGCGUGCACCACGCCUCCGUCAACCCGCUCGACGUCGCCAUGACGACGGGUUACGGGUCACGCGUACUGAACACGCUGCGCGCGCUGACCGGGCAAGAGGGCGGGGAGUUCCCGCUGGUGCCGGGGCGCGACUUCGUGGGCGAGGUGGCGGCGGCCGGGCCCGGGGCGCGGUUGCGGCGGGGCGCCCGCGUGUGGGGCGUGGUGCCGCCGCACCGCCCCGGCGCGCACGCCGAUUACGUCGUGCUCGACCAACGAUGGGUAGGGCCGGCGCCUCGCACGCUGGGCGCGGAGGCGGGCGGCGCGCUGUAUGCGGCCCUGUCGGCGAGCGCGGCGCUGCGCGCGGCGGGCGUGUGGGCACACGGCGCCCGCGCGCGCCGCGUGCUGCUGCUGGGCGCGGGCGGCGUGGGGCUCGCCGCGCUGCAGCUGCUCGUCGCGCACGGCGCCGAGGUGGUGGUGGGGUGCUCCGGCGAGCAGCGCGCGGCGGCGCUGUCGCGCGGCGCGGCGGCCGUUCUGGACCGCCACGGGCCCGACUACGGCCAGCAGCUCGUCAGCGCCGGACCCUACUACGCGAUCAUAGACUGCGCCGGGCUGGGCGGCUGGGAGGCCGCGUCCCGCCCCUGGCAGUACUCGCGCUUCGUGACGCUGUCCACCCCGCUGCUGAGCGAGACGGACGCGCGCGGCGUGGCGUGCGGCGCGGCGGUGGCGGCGGCCACGCUCGCGGCGCAGUGCGGCGCGGCGGCUCGCACGGCGCCGCGGGCGGCCCACACGGCGCCGCGGGCGGGCCACACGGCGCCGCGGGCGGCCCACACGGCGCCGCGGGCGGGCCACACGGCGCCGUGGCCGCCGCACGUGCGCUGGGCGUACUUCGUGCCGCGCGCCGACGACAUCGAGCUGCUGCGGCGCAUGGCCGAGAGGGGACAGUUUUCCGUGGCGGUGGAGCGCGUGUACCCGUGGAAGCGAGCGAAGGAAGCGUACGAGCGAGCGGCGCGCGGCGCGGCGCGCGGCAAGCUGCUCAUCGACUUCACGGACGACGCGGAGUAGCGCGCUAUCUGUUAGUGUCGACGCAGGGAAGGAAAAUAUAUGGUGCUAUAAGCUGACGUUAUAAUUGUUCCAAAAACAAGUUUAGUGCUCUGUUUUAUUCCAAAAAUGCAAAGUAGUGUUUAAACUGAGGGAUGAAAUAUUUUACACAGAAAUAGAGCAAGAAAUUAAUACACAUCCUUAUUGCCGAACAACAUAUUGUGCAAUGAAAUGUCAUUACGAGCAGUAUAAUUAUUAGAGGGCAUGACGAGGCUAAGCUAAUGCCGCACCUAGUGUCACUGAGUUCAAAACCCUAUCUUAAUAUAACAUUUGUUUGAUCUUAUGCAAAACUUACUUUUAUUUUGUAAACAUUCAUGUAGACUGGUUAUUCAUGUACGUCGUCGAUUAAGUUUAGGACACUUUUUUAUUGUAAACUUAUAAUCAAAACUAAUGAAUUGCGAUAGUCGCUAUCGCAAUUCACCGUAAAAUGUGUAAAUUGGACUAACGUUAGUUACAUUAUCUAGUUAUUAUUCUUAACUGAAAAAUAACAUUGAUAUAUGCUGCAAAAACAUUUAAUAGGUACUAAAAAGAAGUGAAGUUACUUAACUGAGGAUUUCAGAAAACAAGAGUUUCCAUAAGUACGAAUAAACAUGUUCUUAAUAUAAAAAGGAAAAGAGGCGAAGAAAAUGUAUGACUCACCUCAAACAAGCAUUACCUUAGCCAUUAAUUGAAAUGUGAAAGUAAAUACAGUCAUUGUUGUAACUUAAUUCUAUUCUUAAAAUACAAUGGAGUUGACGUCUGUGAUAUCAUUAUGUAUUUUUGAGCUGAAAUUUUUCUUGUUUAAGAAAUAACAAUGCGGAAAAUGUGUACAUCUUGUCUGCUUGACGCGUGAGGCCGAGCCACGAGUCGAGCGCGUAAUCGAGACAUAGUAGCAGCUUACCCAAUGUUUGCAAUAUCAUUUUUAAAUAUUCGCGGUUAUGUUUUUUUGCUAACAAUGUUCAAACAAAAAUAUUUUGUGUUUUUCUGUAGUCUGCAAAUAUUUAGUUAUUAUUUAAAUACAGAUUUUU